CUUUCAGAGUAAGAUGUGUAAAUCACAGUUUUCAGUCAUUUUUUCUCAGUAACUGAAAGUGUUUCUUUGUAGCACUAACAAAACUGUAGGGGGUAAGAUUUAAACCUGCAGGAGACCUUGAUUUUUGACUUUUUCUGUAACUUUGUAAACUUUGCAGAUAAAGUAUCUCUUUGUGGCCUAAAACGGUUAACGUGCAGGAGAGAGUGAUGUAACUAGGUAYGGAAUGUCUCUGCAGCUUGAAUGCUAUAAACUAUAUCUCAUUGGAGGGUCUUUUGGACUCCGUGAAUUUGCUCAGAUAAGAUACGAUGUCCACAAACUACAUGGCAAGGUUGAUCCAGCUUUGAAAGAAAAAUUAAAACAGAACACUGUGACACUGGAAUCUGAAUAUGAGAAGCUGGAAAAAUCUAACUUGGAUAACUGGGAGAAUAUCAGAGGACCCAGUCUGUGGGAAGAUUCCAGGACUGUUCAAAAGCAACGGCGAGAAGCUCUCCGUCUCAAGACAGAGUGACUGAGCAAGCCUACUUUUGUGCCUCUGAAAAAGAAAAGAGUCUCGGGCUGGACUAUCCUACUUUUUAAUCCAGUGUCAGGAACAGACAUGGGAGCAGUUGCACUGAAAAUUCAGCUGGUGUAUAUAUAAGUAACUGUGAGAUCAGUCUAAAAGGCUCUGUAUUAUAUGAAGCUCUUUGUUUGCAUCCAUUUGCAUAGAGUACCACAGGCUGUAUAUCUGAAUUUUCAAUUAAAAAAAGCUGAUUAUUCUAAUGAGAAUAUCCCAUUGUUUUUCAGUCUCUAACAUUCAAAACUGCUUCAGCAAGGAAUAACAUGUCAAGAGUCACUUGUCAGUACCAGAAGUUGUCAUCCUAAUGAGAACAACAGUGCAGUCAUCUAGAUGUGUGUGACCAGAUAAAUGCUGCUUCAGGGAGCUCUUGCAUGACUUCAGGCUCUUUAGCUUGGAAGGGACUCCACAGGCAUAUGAGCUGUUCAGAACAGUGAGUCCAAUUUUGGCUAAAUAAUACUCUUGUGUUUCGUAUCCAGGGGCUUGACUGUAURAAGGUGUGUACUUAGUGUCAGCUGAUAAUUGGUCAAAAACAUUUGUUUAGCUGUGGUUAAAUUUCUGUGAUUAGUUUGUCAAUACCUCCAUACAGGCACCACCGCUGCACUGGAACUUCUCAUUUUCAAUUGAAAGAACUCUUCCUCACAAAGAGUUGUGCUGAUUCUCUGUGAGUAAAUAUUGUAGCAGAAUCUUCUUGAACCACUGUAUAGUGGCAAAGGUCAUCUUACAUGCAUUCAUGUACAUGUAAGAUUAAAUACAUGUAAUAAUAUGUAUUACAUAUGUGAUCUGUAUUACAUGCACAUGUAAUCUCCUGUGCAUGUGCACAAAAAAUUUUUAUGUUUCAAUCAAUUCUUCCGAAAUGCUUGUCUUUUYAUAUUUGUCUUUGGGUGCUAAAUAUUUGUUGUUAGAGAACAUUGAGCUAACAUUCAGGACCUUUCUGCUGAGAGAGUUCAAUGAAGAAGCAUCUACUCAAUUUUUCAAAUGAAAUUAUACUUUUAGUAAGGUAUUGCAACAGAUUUGUGAAACUCCUCAUCCGAGGAAUGGAGCAGUAGAGCACACAUUAACAGUAGAUUUUGGUUUCAAAGCUCUUGGUUACUCCCAUAUGUAAAUCCUUUUGGAACUGUCUUUGGGAAAGGUGUGGCCUUACUCCCCUCUGUAGGAUGUGUCAAAUGCAAUCUAAAUGUCCUUUUGGACACUUUUCUAGGGUAGCUUCCUUGCCCUCAUGUAAAUCUUYCCUCAGCACUUUAUUUUCUUUAGUCUUUCAGUGGUGAGGUCCAGGCUUUCUGUGAGAAAGAGAAAUUAAUAUUGAGUUUUAGGGAGUUAUGAAGGAAUUCAUAAAGCGUCACGUGAAAUAUCUUAAGKCAUGUUUUCUUCUGAUAGAGUUGUGAAAACCAUCAGAAAGUGGUGGAUGAAAUGCACCAAACUAAGUUGGAGCUGUGUGUUUGUGUAUCUCCCUGAUCAGUGUUCCCUGCUUCUAAAUCAAAGUAUGAACAAAUAAAACUAGCCAGGAGAGGAAUAAGAGGAACAGUACAAGAGUAGGUAAUAAUAAAUGCUAUACAGAAACCACUGAAAAAGUAGAAUGUARAGGCAUUAAGCUGUGCUAACCUAGAUGAGGAGGAAAUAGGUUUAUAUGUUUUGUCAUUAGGCAAAUAGAAUAUAAAUAUGACAACUAAGGAGUAAUUAAAACUGYAUAACUUGUUAAGCACUUUUUCAGCUCUUAAAUUCAAGUUUGGGUGCAUUUUCACUGAYUGCAAAAUUGGUCAUUCAAAGGACAUUAGAGCUUUGGCUACACUGACAGUGUUCUCUCUGUUAGGACUCCUGCAGCAUCACUACUACUGUUACGUGAGAGCUGGACCAUUGAAAAUGUAUCUUUACAUUCCCCAUUUGCAUGAACUUYGCAAAUUCUUUUUGAGAGGAUGCACAUCUUCCUUUUCCCUGUUUUGAUUGAAGGAAAUGGGAAGCUGCCAUUGCUUUGCAUAUGGAGAGGCGUGCUCAGCUCCCAGGCUUGCRCGGUGGCUCACAAUAUGGACCAGCACUGCUCCUGAAAUAAACACAUGGCUUUCUAAGAACAGCAUGUGUAGGAGAAGCAGCCCCUUCCCCCAGGGGAAGAAGCAAAGAUAUUUCUCUUGCAUUAAGCCCUUAAGCUUAUCAGUUUUCUUGAUGAACAAAAUGCUCACUGAAAUAUCUUGUGUAUUUUUAGUAAUUUGAUAUUCUGCAGAGACUGUUUUGGGAAUGGUCAUCUUAUUUCGGCAGGUUUGGAAUGUAGUUGUAAUUACUUAUAUGGAGCAUAUUUCUUAUGUCCUAAUUUAGGGCCCCUAAAUUUUUUCAAUUUUAGUUGAUUGUUGGCUGGUUGUGGGCCCCCCCUGCCCUUCCCUUUUUCUUAGACACUAAAUUCUGUCAUUUCUGAGGGCAUAUUUGUGACUACCUUUGAAGUGGCAUCUCUGGAAAAUGAUGGAUUUAUCUGAGCAUCUCUGAGAAACAAUGACAUGCAGUUACAAAACUUCCCAACUUGCCCUUGCUUUCAACUUCCAUUUUAGAAGACAGCCUACAUCCACUGAUUGGCCACUAAAAUAAAAAUCCACCAUGUUUUUUAAUGCUGACUUAUUUUAAUCAUUCUUUUUCAUGUUGACUCAUUUAUGAAUUAAAAAAAAAUCCCCGAACCAACAAUAGCUGGUACAGAAGCUGUACUUCUCAUAAAAUGUGAAGAGCCAUUUCAGCAAUUCAUCUUUAUUGCCAUGCACUUGAACAAUGACUUGAUGUUUUACGCUGUGCUUUUCUUACCCAUUGAAUUGGAAGUAAUACUUUUGAAAGGCAUGUUGACAGCCAAUUAAGUCUCUUAAGUUGUCAUGCAACCUAGAGUAGAAGGCACUCCAGAAAUGUGGAGAAUUGUAGUUCAUAAUAAUACUAGCAGGAGAGGCAAACUUCAAUUAGUUCAGAAUUCAUGCUUAGUUUGGCUGCUUAUUUGAGCUAUGGCUUGAAAGCCAGUUAGAGUGCUUCUGGUUAUCUCUAAGGCUCCUGGAGAAAAAUUCAUUCAACUCCUGAACUGUAAAUCUAAACAUCUGUGAGUGGAGGGGGUCAGAGKUAUCUCAAUACAAUUGUCAGUCUGAGAUAACAAUUGAUAUUUUUGCAUCCUCUUUGGUAACUGGCAUGUACAGGUCUGAGGGAAUGAAAACAAGGCUUUAGUGAGAGGUGUUCAGUAUUACAAAGAUAAAAGAGAGGACUGAAUAAGCCAGUUCUUUUAAUCAAUGUUGCUGAAAUUAGAAAUAAAAGAAGGAAGUCUGGCCAGGUGUCUCUAUGUAUGUGGGCUGAAAAAUCAGUUUCAAAAUCCCUGUUCUGACAGUAAAGGAGAAGGUGUUUGUCUGUGAAAGAAACUAUAGCAAGGUUGGUCUUAGGGAUCUUCUAUAACAAGUAGGACAUAGAAUUGGAGGAAAUCUGGGGCACCUGUCUCCAGGGAUAGGGAGAGGUCAGCACAGCACCACAGAUACGUGCUUGUCUGCCUGGAUGGUUCCCAGUGGCAGCUGUCUGCAGCUCAGAAUGCUGACCAGACCUCUGUGUGAAAUCUGCCCCGUGGAUCCUGCUUAUUGAGUGUAGUUUUCCUACAGCACUUUGAAUGUGCAGACACGUGGGGAACCUAAAAGGUUCAAUAUCUCAACUCAGCUGUAACAGAUGAAGGAGAGCCUUAGCAAAAGCUGUAGCUACCAUGCUGCAAGAAGUUUUUAAAACUACUGAAUAGCACAGCAGUUGAAAUUCAAAGUUCCUAAAUACAUCUGGAUGAGCAGUUAGAUGUUAAAAACUUCUARGAAUCAGAAUGCAGAGAAUAAUCUUGCUCAUAGUGAUCUUCCACGGUCUUGAAAAAGGGUCCAGCUACCCAAAAAAAGAUAGGUUGUGAUGUAAUAAGAUAUGAGUGAUGGUACUUUUAGACCAGAAUACAGAAUGCAGAAACUUCUGAAAAGCAACUCAAUCGAUCCCAUCAUCAGCUGAGGACCAGUCCCAAAAAGCAGAGGAAAAAAUCCAUUUCUUCACAGAAAGCAGCAACUUAGAUUUAAAGGUCAGUGUUCAUUGGAUAUUUUACAUGGCACUUSGUGUUUCAGUAUGAUUGCUUGUGUCUAGAAACUCAAAACAGUAGGUUUCACCUURUGAAAUAACUACACAGACCCUUGUACUUGGUGAUCUUGGAUUUGCUCUGAGUUGCUAUGUUUGCCUUUCCAGCUUGAAUCCAGGGCAAGUUUCAUUUUUUAUUCUGUAUUUUCCAGAGGCACUUAUUUCUGCAAGAAAUGGAAAAGCCUGAUACUAUCCUUUGCUACUAAUUA